AUGAGCGACGAAGAGUUCGAAGAAGGCCCUGAUCCAUUCAUGGUUGAUCUGGGUGAGGCGAAUACGGGGAAUCUAAAUCUACUCGAGGAGUCGCACAGGAUGGAAAGUAAUCAGCAAACGGAAUCGGCCAAUUCACUGGCAUUUGAACUGGCAGCAGCGUUUGGGAGUGGGGGCAGUGGAGGCAGUCCACUCAAAACGCAGAGGAGAGUGGUAGAUGAAGCACACACUUCUUCUGAGGAAUCCAGCGAUGACGAACAGAUGUACACACUUGACGAAACACAGUUGGAAAAAUACAACGCGGAACUUAACAAGGGGAUUGAGAUUAAUGCUCAAUUUCUCAAUAAGCUCGUCGAUAUCGAUAGCGGACUGCCUAUGCUUGAAUCAACAGCUACAGUUGUAGUGAAAAAACUGGUGGAGACAGCGAAAGUGCGGGAUGAUCAGAGCAGGCAGCUUUGGGAAAUGGAUAGAGAGUUGAGCAAAGAGGACGAUAGAGUGUUGGCGGUGCUUGAACCGUUGGAAAAUGAGAAAAUUGAAGGAUUAGAUAGUAUAGAAGAGGAGGUGGAUGAGGUUGGUGAUAGCGUCAAUAGCAAUAUGAAUGAGAAGGUCGUUGAUACUUACAAUAACCACCAAAGCACCAGCACUCUCAGUAAUACCGAUAAAUCAAACAGUAGUAUACCCAGUUUAGAAGGAUUCAUCGAUGAAUACCUAUUACGAUCACUAGGAAUGAUCACAGAGAUAUCACAAAUAUCAACAGCCACGCUUAACGAGUCAAGUAGAAAGACGCGUGCUAUGAGAAGUACCCUGAGUGGGAUAAAGAUGGAGGACAAACGUACAACAAAGGCAAUCCAAGUAAUCGAGAGAUUGGAAAGUAAGAGUAAAACAUCAUUGAAAGACUUGAUGGAUAAAUUACAAGAAGAUUUUAUAACAAAGAUGAAUAAAAUGACAGAAUGGGUUAGUGUACAACGUGUCUCACAAUGA